UAUCAACGAACUAUUUAAACAAAAUAAUCAUUGAUUGACCAUUUAGUAGGUACGAUUCCAUUUAGGUGUUCACGAUGUAUAUUCUGGUGAUCCUUUGUUCCUUAAUAUUCGCGAUUUUCCUAUCUGUCGUUGUUUUCAUCUUAGCAUUGUAUAACUGGAGAUGGCCAUCGCACAGAAAAUUAUGUCGAAAGAUACCAUCUCCAAAAAUGAUGAGUAUUUUUGGAGUAGGUUUAGAUUUGGUGCGAGUGAAACACGCUGAAAUAUUGGAUUAUUUUGGAAAUUUAUUGAAACAACAUGGACCAAUUGUUUACAUAGAAUACAUGGGGAUGUCAAACGUAAUUCUAUCUCAGCCACAAGAUAUCGAGCUCGUCCUUAACAAUAGUCAACACAUUUCCAAAGGAUUGGAAUACAGAAGCAUAUUACCUUGGCUAUGUGACGGUUUAUUGACAAGCACAGGAACAAAAUGGCAUACAAGAAGGAAAAUGUUAACUCCGACAUUUCAUUUCAAAAUUCUGGACAAUUUCAUCCCUAUUUUUAAUCGUAAUGCUAAACUACUGACUAAAAAAUUAGCUUCUGCGUCUGCGGAAUGUUCGGCGGUUGAUGUAGAUUCCUACGUAUCUCUUUGCACAUUAGAUAUCAUUUGUGAAACAGCGAUGGGUAUGACGUUGGAUUUUCAACUGGGCGAAGCUUCGGAAUAUGUUUCCGCCAUUAAAAUAACAGGUGAAAUUAUUCUAAGAAGAAGUUUAACUUUUUGGAUGACGAACGAUUUUUUUUUCAAUAUCAGUCCUACUGGUAGGCAAUUUCGCAAAAGUGUUGGACAGCUGCAUCAAUUUACAGAAAAUGUAAUUAAAGAUCGAAAAGCAAAAUAUGAGCCUAACUACGCGUAUAAUGAAGAAAAUGAAAUUGGUAAACAGAAACAAAGGAAAUCAUUUUUGGAUUGUUUGAUCGAAAUGCAAAGAGAAAAUCCAAAUGAAAUGACCGAUGAAGGUAUUAGAGAAGAAGUGGAUACUUUUAUGUUCGAAGGACACGACACAACAUCUGUGGCAAUAACAUGGACUUUAUUUAUGAUCGCUUGUCAUGAAGACGUACAGGCAAAAUUGUACGAAGAAAUGCAGCAAGUUUUCGGCGACAGUGAUAGAGAUGCAACGUAUCAAGAUCUGCAACAAUUCACUUAUUUGGAAAUGGUCAUCAAAGAAAGCUUGCGACUUUACCCAAGUGUUCCUUAUUUUUCACGGUUACUCACCACAGAAUUGAAAAUAAGAGAUUACAUUGUGCCUCCUAAUACGAAUGUAUCCAUUAUACCAUAUUUGGUGCAUAGGAAUACGAAUAUAUAUCCUGAUCCGGAGAAAUUCAUACCAGAAAGAUUCUUACCACAGGCUGCUAAAGAAAGACAUCCCUACGCAUACAUUCCUUUCAGCGCUGGUUACAGAAAUUGCAUAGGUCAAAAGUUUGCAAAUUUGGAGGAAAAAGUAGUUAUUUCUACGGUAUUGAGGAGGUUGAAAUUAAGCACUGAAAUGAAAAAAGACGAAUUGAGCGUUUUACCGCAAGUGAUUCUGAGACCAUUUCCAAAAAUCAAGAUCUCUUUUGCUCCACGUUGAUGAUGAAUUUAGAGUUAGCUUUAUUCGACUAUUGGUGAUAUUACAAUUUACAUCGAAUUUACGAUUAUUGAGAUUUCAACUUUUGAUAUUAUUUUAGAUAAGUAUUUGCAUACCUAAUACUUUUACGACUAUUCCAAUUUCCGAAGAGAAAUGAUAGGAAAUUAAUGAUUAAUAUUACGUAGCGAGCAUAAUGUAAAAAACUAGAUAUUGUACAAAUAGUUGGAUGAACUUUUCAACUUUCAUUUGAAUAAAAUUAUACAAUUUAA